AUGGAAAAAGCAUCAUUGUGCGUAACAGCGGUGCAUAGACUAUUGAGACUCAUAGUUGAAUCGGGUGGUGUUCCUCCUGAUUGGAUGGUCUUAAUGGCAAAGAGGCACCAGAACAAAAUAACCGGCCUCAUUCAAGAUCCAUUUAGCUCAAGAGAUCCUCAACAAUGCCGAGAAAAAGAAGGAAGAACGCUUGACACAACUUUCUCAAGAUGGGUUGAUGUCCUCCAAUGA